CAAAAUGGAGAGCAGAGCAGGUUGUUCCUUUCCUCUCUUGUUCUUUCUUCAUCAGAUAAUUUAGCACUUCAUCCUAGCAGACCAAACUUAGUUUCCUAGCUAGUUUCUCGAGAAAACCAUGCAGCCUCUUUCUCGUUCACACAGGAACCAGUUUCCCAUACCUUUCUUUGGUUUGCCCAUUGUUCUACUAGUCUUCUUGGCUUCUCCCACCAGCUCUUGCACGGAGCAGGAGAAGAGCUCCCUUAUCCAGCUCCUUGAUGGGCUCUUGCAAGACGGCGGCCUCACGGUGUCAUGGCGGAGCGACACAGACUGCUGCAGCUGGGAGGGGAUUGUCUGCAGCCCUGAUAGGAGGGUCACUGAUGUUGUGUUGGCUUCUCACAGCCUUGAGGGGCCCAUCUCGCCGUUCCUUGGCAACCUCAUCGGCCUGUUACGUCUCAACCUGUCGCACAACUCACUGUCCGGUGGCUUGCCACUGGAAUUGGUAUCAUCCAGCAGCAUCAUUGUCCUUGACGUCAGUUUCAACCGCUUGACAGGAGCUCUGCACGAACUACAAUCUUCAGCCCCUGACCGACCUCUGCAGGUACUGAAUAUCUCGAGCAACUUACUUACAGGACCAUUUCCAUCCACAAUAUGGAAGACAAUAGAUAAUCUGAUAGCACUCAAUGCCAGUAAUAACAGCUUUACUGGGCCGAUACCAAGUGAUUUGUGCAAUAGUUCACCAUUCUUCGCUGUGCUUGACCUCUGUUUCAACAAAUUCAGUGGCAGCAUUCCCCCAGGGCUUGGUUAUUGCUCCAUGCUGAGAGUGCUCAGGGCUGGCUACAACAACCUCAGUGGAACACUGCCAGAUGAGCUCUUUAAUGCGACCUCGCUGGAAUACCUCUCUUUUCCUAACAAUGAUUUACAUGGUGUUCUUGAUAGUGCUCGCAUGAUACGCCUCAGAAAUCUACGAAUCCUUGAUCUUGGGUGGAAUAACUUCAAUGGCAGUAUUCCAGAUUCUGUAGGUCAGCUCAAGAGAUUAGAGAAGUUCCAACUGGGCCACAACAACCUGUCAGGGGAACUACCGUCGACUCUGAGCAACUGCACAAAUCUCAAAACAAUUGACCUCAAGAGCAACAAAUUUAGUGGAGGACUAAGCAAGGUCAAUUUCUCCAACCUGCGCAAUCUAAAAACUUUAGAUCUUUGGUCAGACAACUUCACAGGUACAAUUCCUGAAAGCAUGUACUCAUGCAGUAAUCUGACUGCACUGCGGCUAUCUAGCAACAACUUACAUGGGCAGCUCUCUUCGAAAAUAAGCAAUCUGAAGUAUCUCUCCUUCUUGUCACUUGGUAAAAAUAAUUUCACAAACAUUACAAAUGCCCUUCAGAUCCUUAAGAGCAGCAAGAACAUUAGCACCCUGCUUCUUGGGUACAUCUUCAAAGGAGAGAUAAUGCCACAGGAUGAUAAAAUUGAUGGUUUCGAGAAUCUUCAAGUUUUGGACACUGGAGAAUGCAAAUUGUCGGGAAAAAUACCUCUAUGGAUAUCAAGGCUCACAAAAUUGGAGAUCUCCUGCACGGAGCAGGAGAAGAGCUCCCUUAUCCAGCUCCUUGAUGGGUUCUCACAAGACGGCGGCCUCACGGUGUCAUGGCGGAGCGACACAGACUGUUGCAGCUGGGAGGGGAUUGCCUGCAGCACCGAUAAGACGGUCACUGAUGUUUCACUGGCUUCUCACGGUCUUGAGGGGGUCAUCUCGCCAUUCCUUGGCAACCUCACCGGCCUGUUACAUCUCAACCUGUCGCACAACUCACUGUCCGGUGGCUUGCCACUAGAAUUGGUGUCAUCCAGCAGCAUCAUUGUCCUUGACAUCAGUUUCAACCGUUUGAGAGGAGCUCUGCACGAACUACCAUCUUCAGCCCCUGACCGACCUCUGCAGGUACUGAAUAUCUCGAGCAACUUACUUACAGGACCAUUUCCAUCCAUAAUAUGGAAGAAAAUGGAUAAUCUGAUAGCACUCAACGCCAGCAAUAACAGCUUUACUGGGCGGAUACCAAGUGAUUUGUGCAAUACCUCACCAUCCUUCGCUGUGCUUGACCUCUGUUUCAACAAACUGAGUGGCAGCGUGCCCCCAGGUCUUGGUAAUUGCUCCAUGCUGAGAGUGCUCAGGGCCGGCUACAACAACCUCAGUGGAACACUCCCAGAUGAGCUCUUUAAUGCGACCUCGCUGGAAUGCCUCUCUUUUCCUAACAAUGAUUUACAUGGUGUUCUUGAUAGUGAUCGCAUAAUAAGCCUCAGAAAUCUACAAAUCCUUGAUCUUGGGUGGAAUAACUUCAAUGGCAGGAUUCCAGAUUCUAUAGGUGACCUCAAGAGAUUGGAGGAGUUCCAUUUGCAGUACAACAACCUGUCAGGGGAGCUGCCAUCAACACUGAGCAAGUGUAAAAAUCUCAUAAGAAUUGACCUCAGGAGCAACUACUUCAGCGGAGAACUUACCAAGGUCAAUUUCUCCAACCUAUCCAAUCUGAAAACUUUAGAUCUUUGGUUAAACAACUUCACUGGCGUAGUUCCAGAAAGCAUCUACUCAUGCAGCAAUUUGACUGCGCUGCGGCUAGCAGCAAACAAUUUCCAUGGAGAGCUCUCACUGAGAAUAGGCAACCUGAAGUAUCUCUCCUUCUUGUCACUUGGCAAAAACAAUUUCACAAACAUCACAAAUGCAUUUCAGAUCCUUAAGAGCAGCAAGAAACUUAGCACCCUGCUUAUUGGAAACAACUUCAGAGGAGAGCUCAUGCCACAGGAUGACAUGAUUGAUGGCUUUGAGAAUCUUCAGUUUUUGGAUAUGGAUGGUUGCCAAUUGUCUGGAAAAAUACCUCUAUGGAUAUCAAGGUUCACAAACUUAGAGAUGUUAAUUUUAAGAAGCAAUCAACUCACUGGACCAAUACCAGGCUGGAUCAACUCCCUAAGCCAUCUCUUCUAUAUGGAUGUGUCAAACAACAAUCUUACAGGAGAAAUCCCAUUAACCUUGAUGGAGAUGUCAAUGCUAAAAUCAACUGGCAACUCAAGUCAUUUGGGCCCAUGGGUCUUUGAGCUGCCUCUUUAUAUUGAUCCAUCACUUCAAUACCUUGCGGAUACAUCUUUCCCACUAGUGUUGAAUCUAAGCAACAACAACUUCACAGGUGUGAUUCCCCCACAGAUCGGUCAGUUGAAAGUGCUUGGUGUACUUGAUUUCAGUUUCAACAAGUUAUCCGGGCAGAUCCCACAAUCGAUUUGCAAUCUCACAAACUUGCAGGUGCUAGACUUGUCCAACAACAAUCUCACAGGUGAUAUCCCAUCUGCACUGAACAAUCUGCAUUUCCUAUCCAGAUUCAACAUUUCUGACAAUGACCUAGAAGGUUUGAUUCCAUCUGGAGGCCAGUUUAGCACAUUUGAGGUUUCUAGCUUUGAUGGAAACCCAAAGCUGUGUGGCUCUAUGCUCGUACACAGAUGCGGUUCAGCAAAAGCACCUCCAGCCACUAUUCUGUCAACAAAACAACUUGAUUACAAGGUGGCCUUCGCAAUUGCCUUCAGUGCAUUCUUUGGUGUAGGGGUGUUGUAUGAUCAGAUAGUCCUAUCGAGGUAUUUAAAUUUGGGCUAG